GGAAAACAACACAUCUGUUUUAUGCCGAGACGAUCUUAAAGGACAAGUCCUGCUCAACAAGUUUGCCGAUGAAGAAGAAGAAGAAAGUCUAUCUGAUUACGAUUAUUACUAUAAUCAUGAUUUUCAUGAUGCUGAUUACCAAGGAUAUGCUGCAUACAAAGAUGACGAAUAUCUAACAACAGAAUCAAAGUAUUGUUUGUCUUUCCUUAUCACAGCUAGAGUGUUGUAUAUCAACAGAAGUCCUCUUCUUGGUUUAGCAUUUCAGCCAUCAAAAGACAAAGAUGGGGGAAUAUGUUCUAACAUAAACAAUGGAUUCAUCACAUUAUUUCAAGAAACUACACAAGCAUUACCAGCAAUGGUUACACAAUUGGUGUUUACACACGAAGUUGCACAUGCAUUUGGCGCACUACAUGACACUAUGCAGGAAUGCGCAGGUUUUAAUCUGAAAGAGGAACCAGUCGACGGCUUUUAUUUGAUGCAUAAUGUCGCACAACGCGGAGACAAACCAAAUCACCAUAAACUAUCACCUUGUAGUCUUAAAUAUAUAUCAAGAGCGCUGUCUAUGGAACAAAUCAACAACUUGUUUUACUGGUAGUGAGUUACCAUAUUGUGGUAAUGGUAUAGUUGAAGACGAGGAGGAAUGUGACUGUGGUAACGACUGCUAUACAGGUAAAGAUGCUUGCUGUCAUUCCCAUAAUGCAACUGAGGGUUUAAGAUGUAUGCUUAAAGCUACGGCACAAUGCAGUCCAAGUCAAGGACCAUGUUGUGACAGCAGUACUUGUCAGUUUAUAAAUAAAUCAGAGAAUUUUGUGUGUCAGAACUCUAAACCAUGUGUCGACGAAUUAUACUGCCAUGGAGAGAUGUACGGUCAUAAGUGCCCACCGCCACGUUUAGAUCAACAGCGAGAAGACGGUUUUAUAUGCAGCAGAAAUGGCCGUGUUUGUGACGCAGGGAGCUGUAACGCGUCGAUAUGUAAACUGAUACAAUGGCAAGAAUGUUUGAUGUCCAAUGACAAUGAAAACCUUACUAUUCAACAGAAAGAGGAGCUAUGUUACAUUGGCUGUCGGAGACGACGGUCUGAUGAGUGUAUCAGUUCACACGAUAUAGACAAGGUUAAACAACAUCCUGAAUUCAUGGCCUUGUUAUCAAAUAUUUCAAGCAAUUCAACAAUUCGUCCCGUACAGCUUCCAACUGGCACACCUUGUAACAAGGACACUGGCUAUUGCGACGUACAAAAACGGUGUCAAGUUGCUGGACCUGAUACACCAUUGCCUAGAAUGAAACAUUGCCAUCCUGGUACUAAAUGUGAAGGGAACAUUGUAUCUACUUUAAGACAUUAUUGGUGGGCAAUCUUGCUAGCAGGUGUCGUCGUAUGUAUAUUUCUGUUCUUCAAACUAUUCAAGAGGUUUUCUGUUCAUACAAAAAGUAGCAACCGAGACAUAGACUUUCAACGAAAUCCUCAUAAAACAUUACAUCAGUCAGACAAUCGCGAUGAUGUGAAACAUACUAAGGACAGAUUAUUAUCUUCAUUUAAAAUUGUUAGAGCACUUUGGAAGCGAACGUAUACAGGACCUGGUCAUAGUAAUUCUGAAUUGAAUACCUUUGGCGAGGAGUUAGAAGCGUUGAACAACAACCCAUGACCUUAGGUCGUAGCAGUGCAGGAAUAUCAUCAGUAACUUUAUUGAAAAAUAUAAAAAAAGGACAGAAAAAGACAUACGGCAUAAAUUGUGUAAAAAGAAGUAACAAUAUUAAUAUGAAGAAAUUGUGGUUUUAUGCAAGUGUAAUAAUACAUUAUUAAUUGAUUUACAUUUUGAAAUAAACAAAUUUCAUUUAUGUUGAGAUCGUGUGCAGGAAACAUUAUGGUUUUGUUAGGCUAGCAAAAUGCGUUUUCUCAAAUGACAGAAAGAAUUGAUCCGUGCCCAACUUGGUCACUUAAAUAUUUCUUCAGUAGACAUUAUUACUGUUCGUGCUUAAUCGACAGUGCUUCAAAAUAAGCUACAAAUAGUUUAUAUCAACAAUCAUAUUCAUUUUGUCACAUUAAUGGAUUUUCUGUAGCUCUGUAUAAGUGGUGUGAGUAAGCCAAAUGAAAGUGUUGUCAUUGUGUGAUGACCGGUUGGAUUUUCUUCUUAUUUUCAUGAUAAUUAGUCAACACCUGUUGUUCAUUGUCAAACGUAUUGUUUCCUUUUGAUGUUUUGUUUUCAACAAAUUACCUCAGUAUCAUAUACAGAAUCGUAGUUAUAAUGUUACCAUUGACUAAUGCAUUAUUGUGUAACCAUACAGUCCCAUUAUUUGUAGCUUUACUUGAUACAUUAUUUGUAUUGACGUAAGGUUGAUAUGAUAUGUUGUAAUAUAUUAGUUAUAACACGGGUUUAGGCUAAAGUCCGUGUAAAAAAAUUAUCACUAAUUGCACUGCUUAGAAACACAUCUGCAUCAGGUGAUAAGAAGUUGAACUGAAAAAGCUUGCAUUAAUAAUAUCGGAAGUAAAAGGUACUUGUAAUCGUAAUAAAGCUCUAGCAAAAUACACACGAGUCAAAUACAAGUUAUACGUACAUAUGGAUUAUUUUUUAUUAUAAAUAUAUUGUAACAAAUGAAAGACAAAGAAAAAAUGUGCAAGAAUUUUUUUAUCUGUGUCCUUUCAAUGUGGUUUACACUUUUGUCUUUUUGUGUACUAGUUGCUAAAUUGUUAAAGAGAAAAAACUCUUUUUGCAAUGAGUUCUUUCUUUUAAGUAACUAACUAGUACUUUGAUUUAGUAAUUAACUAAUUGUAAUUUCCAUUGUAUUAUUAUGCAUAAAUGUUCAUUUUGUGUAUAUAUAGAAAUGGUCCAAAACAUUUCAAUGUCCAAUGGAAUUGUUAAACUUUGUACAAAAGUA